AUGCUGGCGCUGGGAGGAGACAAGCGGAGUGAGAGGCGUGUUGCCAAACACUCAGAUGCUGGACAUCACAAGCAACUCUCCUCUCAACCCAUUACCCGGCAAAUGAUUAAACACAUUGCUCGCGUUGCCAGCAGGGUUAUGACGUGCCAGUCGAGCAUUUCCUCUAGCUGUUUUAAUCCGCGUCAGAUGCCAUCGAAAGACCGUUCCGAUGCAAUAAAGCGGCAGGAUACUUCUACAACCACAGUUUUCAUACAUGAUUUCCCGACACUGCACGACUUCAUCGGCCAUAUCGUCAAGGCGUGCAAGGUGACCGCACCUGCUCUGUUAGCUGCUCUCGUCUACAUGGGCCGUCUGAAGGCCAAGCUGCAACCCGGACACUGGGGUUUACGUUGCACACCGUAUCGCAUUUUUCUCGCCUCACUCAUCCUAGCCGAUAAAUUUCUAUACGAUACCGCGUUCAAGAACAAACAAUGGGCCAGGUUUACGAUGACGUACUAUGCGGGACAUACUUUUGGGUUCGAUAUCGGCGACAUUAACGUGAUGGAAAGAGAAAUGUUGAAGCUACUAAACUGGGAUCUGCGUGUGACCGACACGGACUUAUAUAAAGAACUAGAUCACCUCGCCAUGCCUUUCUGGCAUAGAGAAAUCUGGAUGGAACUAGGUUCACGACUGACGAUAAAAGCGAGCUAA